CGGCUCACCGGCCUGUGUCCGAGGCGGAAGCUGCAGCAAGGCCAAGAGCAGGCAGAGGCCAGCCCGCGGCUGGCCCAGUCCCCGACGGCCCCCCAUCCCGGCGGCGCCCACACGGAAGGGGAUCUGUUUUGAGGAUGUUCAGGAUGACAGGUGGCCGAAGUCAGGUGCUGGCCAGCAGAGGUCAUGCAUCCAGGGAGGGAUGAACAUGGCUGAUCCUCCCCGCACUGUACUGAUCUCAGGCUGCUCGUCAGGAAUUGGCCUGCAGCUCGCGGUGCAGCUGGCUCGUGACCCCAGGCAGCGCUACCAGGUGGUGGCCACCAUGAGAGACCUGGGGAAGAAGGGGACACUGGAGGAAGCUGCCGGGGAGGCUCUGGGUCAGACCCUCACUGUGGCUCAACUGGACGUGUGCAGCGACGAGUCAGUAGCCCAGUGUCUCAGCUGCAUCCGGGGAGGAGAAGUGGACGUGCUGGUGAAUAAUGCUGGAGUGGGCCUGGUGGGGCCCCUGGAGGAGCUCAGCCUCACUAGCAUGCAGAAAGUCUUUGACACCAACUUUUUCGGAGCUGUUCGUCUGGUCAAAGCUGUGCUUCCUGGCAUGAAGAGAAGGCGACAGGGCCACAUCGUGGUGGUCAGCAGUGUCAUGGGGCUGCAGGGUGUCGUGUUCAAUGACGUCUAUGCAGCCUCCAAGUUCGCCCUGGAAGGAUUCUUCGAGAGUCUGGCGGUCCAGCUGCUCCAGUUCGACAUCUUCGUCUCCCUGGUGGAACCCGGUCCAGUGGCCACCGACUUCGAAGGGAAGCUCCUGGAGCAGGUGUCCACAGCCGGGCUCCCCGGCGCCGACGCUGACACCCUGCACUGCUUCCGGGAUCUCUACCUCCCUGCUUCCAGAGAGCUCUCUCGCUCCCUCGGGCAGAGCCCCGAGGACGUGGCCCAGGUUAUUGUCAAGGUCAUCAGCUCGGCCAGCCCGCCCCUGCGCAGACAGACCAACGCCCGCUACUCUGCCCUGACUGCGCUCAAAGCCGCGGACCCCUCCGGCAGCCUGUACGUGCGAACCGCCCACCGCCUGCUCUUUCGCUGGCCACGCCUCCUCGGCCUCGGCCUCCGCUGCCUGGCCUGCGGCUGCCUCCGCGCUCGGGUUUGGCCCCGGUGAGCCUGACCCACCCCUCCUCACUACCGAACAGCCAGACCUCUUCAGUCCACACCCAGAUCAGAGGUCAUACAGACCAUUCAUUCAUUCAUUCAUUCAUUCAUUCAUUCAUUCAUUCAUUCAGCAAAUGCUGCCUGACCAGCUCUGUACCUGGGUGUUGCUCAGCCACCAGGCGCAGGCCCCU